AUGAUAGAGAAGAAGACAUCCACGGAAGAUACGGCCAUCAGCAGUGAAGAUGCUAGCUCUGGCACUGUCCUGCCUUACGGCCAGACUAAACGAGGCCUGGCAUCACGCCAUGUGCAGUUGAUGGCUAUAGGAGGAUCAAUUGGUACCGGUCUCUUUGUCGGAAUUGGGUCCUAUCUACAGGAAGCCGGUCCUCUCUCGUUACUUCUGGGAUAUAUGGUCUGGGGAGUCUUGUUUAUAUUGCCUGUCAACUUGAGCGUUGGCGAAAUGUGUGCCUACCUUCCUAUUCGAGGGUCAAUCUUCGAAUUGGCUGCUCGGUUUGUCGAUCCAGCAUUUGGGUUUGCGAUGGGCUGGGUAUACUUCUAUGGAGGUGUUAUGUUAGUCUGUACCGAAUACUCGGCUGUCGCUACCGUCAUGCAAUACUGGAACACGAGCGUGAAUCCCGCGGUGUGGGUUGCUAUGGCUUUGGUCGUCUGUUCAGCUCUGAAUCUUGUUGCUGUCAAAUACUAUGGGGAGAGCGAGUUUAUCAUGGCUUCCACGAAAAUUCUUCUUCUUAUCGGCCUUGUACUCCUGACCUUUAUUACAAUGGUAGGUGGCAACCCCAAGCACGAUGUCUACGGUUUUCGCAACUGGACACACGGUGUUAUGUUCGAAUACUACACAGAUGGGGCUACCGGCCGGUUUCUGGGAUUCUUCUCGGUAAUGGUUUACGCCGCCUUCUCUGUCGCAGGUCCCGAUCUCCCUGCUUUGGCGGCAGGUGAGAUCCAGAACCCGCGGUACACCAUUCCACGAGUCGUCAAGAUGACAUUCUGGCGCAUUGUUGGUUUCUACGUUGUCGGAGUGCUGGCGGUGGGUAUUAUUUGCAGCCCGCGCGACCCACGGCUCAUGUCAGCGAUUGAUUCUGGAGCUGCUGGAUCGGCUGCAUCACCUUGGGUGAUUGGCAUUCAAAACCUUGGAAUUACCGGGCUUCCGGAUCUCAUCAAUUUGCUUAUUUUGCUUUCGGGCUGGUCCUGCGGGAAUGCCUACCUCUAUAGUUCGAGCCGGACUCUGUACUCCCUUGCGCGAGAUGGCCAGGCACCCAAGUUUCUGCUAAAAUGCACUGAAUCAGGGAUUCCGAUAAACUGUGUGCUCACGGUGUCACUCCUCUCUUGCAUCACCUUCCUUGUGGCCGAUACUUCUUCGGUGACCGUUUUCUACUGGUUCGUUGAUUUGACGACAAUCGCCUUCGUGUUGACUUAUACAGGCAUGUUGUGUGUCUUCAUUGGCUGGUAUCGUGCCUUGAAAGCCCAAGGAAUCGAUCGAAAGUCAUUUGUUCCCUGGGCCUCACCGUGUCAGCCCUAUAUGACGAUCUUUGCAAUCCUUAUCGGAGUCCUCACGGCGAUCUUCAAUGGAUUUUCCGUUUUCAAGCCGUUCAGCGUGGAGGGUUUUGUAACAUCUUAUUUCGGAGUGGCCUUCUGGGUGGUUAUGUUUGCAUUCUGGAAGAUCUAUCAUCGGACCAAGUUUGUGGAUCCCGCUGCUGCCGACCUGUACUCUGGCAAGGCGGAAGUGGACGAGGAGUGCAAGCAUUGGGAAGAUGGUGGAUGGGAGGAGCGACGAAGAGCCGAACUGACACAGAUGAACUUGGCACGACGCAUCUGGGAGCGAAUGUGGUGA